AUGCGCGACUCCGGCUUCCACCCAUUUGGUGGACGACUGAACCCAGAUGAUCCGUAUCUCAGUUAUCAUGACGUACGAUUGACAAGAGAAGACAUCAGGACGUUGAAGGACGACUGGUUGACGGACAAUAGCAUAUCGUUCUGGGAAGAAUACCUCGAGCGUGAACACUUGGCAAAAGAACACACUGCCCACAUCGUCCUCCUCCGGCCAAGCAUGUCCUUCCUGCUAAUGCAGACCGCCAACCCGGACACUCUAAAGACGGCUCUCCCCGACUUCAAACGAACGACACACAUCUUCCUUCCCAUUAAUGACUGCCAGAACCCCAAUCUCGCCGAAGGUGGUUCGCAUUGGUCCCUCCUUCUCGUCUCCGUCCUCGACGGCAUCGCUUUCCACUACGAUAGCCUCUGUCCUGCAAAUCAUGCAGAAGCGGAGGUGGCGACGUAUAAGUUGAGCCAAUUGAUGAGACGGCCGUUGAAAUGCUUGGAUCUGCCGGAUAGUCCGAGACAGGAGAAUAGCAGCGACUGUGGGGUCUUUGUUUGCAUACAGAUGAGACAUUUGCUACUGAAGAAGCUAUUGAUGGUGGAGAGUGAGCAGCAGGAAGGAAGGGGAGAGGAGAAGGUCGUGAGUAUCCCUGUGCAAAGAUUUGAGGCAGCGGAGGCUGACAGCUUGAUGUAG